AUGACCAGUCGGGGCGGGAUUUUUGACUUUGGCGCCAGCUACGAUCAUCUCUCGCCGAUGCCGAACUAUCAUGUGAUGAAUGUGACAAUGGAGGAGGUCCCUGGAGAUGGAAUUUUGUUGACAUUCAGUCCAAGAAAGUCCGGCCAAUGCAGGUUGCCCUCUUUCUACUCUGGACCGAUUACUGAGCAACUGAGUAGCCUACUGACCUACAAUCCUAGUUGGCGCACUCGACCAGGCAAUGCGUUGAUCGGUGAUCCUACCGUCAGGGCGGAAAAGCAGCGUGUGACAUUGUUUUUGCCGAUCGCGGCACGAGGAGACAAAAGCAAAGGACGAAUAAUCCAGCCACGGUUCCUGGGUCCUCGACCCUCCACCAUCAUCUCGGCCUACCAUGAAAUCGUGCUCGGCUUCAGUGGACUGCCCACGUGA